UAGUUGCAGUGAAUGAGGAGGUUAAGACUUCAUUUCUUGGAAAAAUGUAUAAAUAUUGACGGCAAUAACUAUAAAUUUGGCGCAUGCGUUGUACGUGCCCUCUCGGAGUGCUGAUCCCCAUAGUCGGGGAAUACGGACAUUCCUGCCUGCAACAACGUGUCUAAUAAUUUGAAACGACGACAAAUUCUUAUAAGCAUGAGUGGGUCAGAGAAUUUAACAGGACCGAAAAGUACACCGACUUUUAUGAAAACUGUAGUAUCUCAGAGGGGCAAACACCGAUCAAGUAAGAGACCAGACCCGUCAAAGUACGUCGAACAGUCAACAUCUACAAGGGAAUACCCGGAAUCCACUCCUAGAACAACAGAACACCAACAGAAUAAAUCACGAUCACGUCCACGCAAUGUAAAGCCCGUUUCAACACGUGACGCCAAUGUCGAUUAUUUCAAAGUCAUAGAUAAGACAGCCGAUUCAAAAAUAAGUUCACCAGAAUGGCAUACAUGUGAUAAAAACACUUCAACAAUAGAUUCUUCAAGUAAAUUAUUAAUUUCAGAAGGCAUAUCCAUCAGUGACAUCCACAAUUCAUCAACUCACAUGACGAAACAACUGCAGAUUUCUUCAUCAAAACCCCCAGUGGGUUCUCCUAAACCGAAUUUCAAAUCCUCUUACACUUUAUCAGACUCGAAAAACACCAGAAAAGAUGAAAUACCAGGCCAUUUAGACCCUGGACCAUCAGUCCGUGAAGAGGAGGCACAUGUCACAACAUCAUACACGUCUAAGACAAAUCUUGGAAUAACCAGCAGUCCUAAAUCUGCAAUUAGUUACAGAGGUUGUCCUUCGACUUCAACACAUACAAAUUUGUUAGAGACGGGUACAAUCACAAAACAUCCUUCACAAAAGCGAGUACCGACAGAAAACAGAGAUUUAAAUCAUUUAACAGCUGCAAAGUCCAAUUCCGUUGACAACAGAUGUGUGUCUGAUUCUAAGAGCAACUCAAUCGAAAAUCAUAAAACACAGCAAUCACUUUUUGGAGAACAUCUAUCAAAUAAUACAAAAUACAAUGAAUCUAGAAGAAAUGAUAACAACGACGGCAUUUUUGAAGAAAGCAAUGCUAAGGACCUGAUUCAGUCAGAGAUAUUACAACAACCGGAUUCAGUGUCAAAGGGUCAAACACACUUUCGGAGACGACUAAACUACAAUGACGGAUGGUUUGAGGAAGUCAAUAAGCAAGCAGUCCCUCAGAACACAGAGCAAGACAAUGACAUUCAAAUUGACGAUGGAACAAAUUUUAGCAUAAUACCCAGACCUCACGAGUAUUCUACAAUCGGAACAAACACAGGUAAAAGCCCGCAUCGCAGCCUUUCUUCGGCAAUAAAUAUGCGGGAUAGCGGUGUCUCCAGCGGCCGAAAGAGUAAUUUAAGUCGCUUCGCCACGUCCGAAACUAGCACCGCAGGAGAUUCUUGUAUUGGACGUUCCGAAACGUCGGAACACGCGCGCCGUUUUGUUACGGCAGGAGACGCCCAGGCCACUAAAAGUCAGCUGAGUCAUUCUCACGAUCCGAUGACGAGAGACGCCUUGGACAGGCCGAGUAUUACAGACGACGAAGAUGUUGGGAUACUGUGUGAUGCAAAUGACGAUUCGACAAGACGUGACAGAAGCUGGGAAAGAAAAAACGUUGGAAACCAAAUCGCAGAGGAAGGCAAUCAUCAAAAAAAGAAUUGUACCAGCGAAUCAAAAUGCCAUGAUGAUACAAGUAGGAAAGGCACUUCGAUACAGCCACGAAGACAGGGCGAACGACGCGCUUGCAUGGAAAAAGACGACGCCUCGGAUGCACUAGAGGCUUAUUUGGAUAGAGAGUCAAACCCAUCAUCAAAAAGACGGGAACCAACGAAAAAGGAAUAUUUAUGUCACUGUUGCCACAGUUUCGUGUCCUGUUCGACAUGUUGCCACCCGCAUAUUUGGAAGCCACAGUCAGAAGAAUGUGGCUGCUUCCGAAACAAAUCAACUACUGACAAAGCUCAAUUCAAUCGAGAAGGGUGUAACUGUGCGUGUUGCAAAUGCUAUGGAGCCACAGGCACGAUUGAGUGUCCUUACAAAGAAACUUAUGCGGAUUUUAACUGUUGUAGAAGUGGUUGUCACAAACACGUAAAUAUUUCAGUAGAUGUUUUUAGUCCUUGUCGAUGUUCAUUUCAUCCCUGCAAAGAACGUAUGCCAUUAACACGUUGCUUUCCGAAUGCCACAGAAAAGACACAAGCCAAACGCAUUCUUUAUGAUCUGCCGGAAACGUCUGAGAGUGAUUCGGAAAUCAGUGAAAGCAAGAAAAGAAUACAGAAGGGAGUACACGAGACUCCGGUAACCCGCGAAGAGCCUGACAAUGUUCCAGUAGUUGAAAACGUCGAAGAAAGAAGAGGGUUUUUUGUCUUUUCACCGUCGACAGAACGGGAAGAUCAGGCCCGUGUACAAGACACGGAAGAAACAAAAUUAAUGAAACAUAAAGCAGUGACGUCACACUACCGGCAACAACAUAGACCCCUAAAUAUGGACGCCGUGGAAGACCAUGGAAAUGAAAUUCAAGAAGUUGAGUUGCAAAACCACAGACCGGAGAUUCCAGAACGCAGUCAGUUCAAGCGACUCACGUCGAAUGACGCAGAUACAAUCAAGCAAAGUUUUACACGUUUUCUUCCCGGAGAACCAUCUACAUCUUACGCUACAAAACCCACGUCUGUUACAGACUCACUACGUGGAGAGGAAUUCUUUACAUCUCAUACUAAAUAUACGUCUAACGCAAAUAUUCCGCCUGAGGAACCAUCGGCAACAUUUUAUAAUAAAUCAACAUCUACCACAGACAUUCCGUCUGGAACACCAUCGGUAACAUUGUUUAACAGAUCCACACCAGCCACAAACACCCAACCUGGUGAGCCAUCAUCAUUUUCUACUAAAACUUCGAAUAUAACGGGCACACAACUUGCAGAACCAUCAACAUCUUUCUUCAACAAUUCUGUCAAUACCACUAAUUUUCUACCAAGGAAUCAAUCAAGUCCUUACUCUAAUACAUCUAGAAGUACCGACUAUCCGCCUAUGGAACAAUCAGUAUCAUUCCUUAAUAAGUCUAAACUCACUGACUCUCUCAGAGACCCAUCUGUUUCUCAUCUACACAAAACUUCGCCCAUAACAGGUUCAGGUUCUGUGCCUGGAAAACUAUCCACGUGUAAGGAGGAAACCCUACAGGAAAUACCAUUUCAUACCAAGACAGGUUAUCGUGAGUCAAUCAAAGAUGAAUUUACUUACAAAUUACCACACUCAAAUGAGCCCAUUGAUCUCAGUUCUGGUAAGCAGACAUCAUCUCGCCACGUUUUCGCCACAAAUCUCUCGCCCUCGGACCUAUCAUCAUACAAAACGUCCCUUCAAGUUCUGAAGACGACAGGCAGAGACUCAGUCAAUGCGUCAGUUGCGCCACACACAGAGUCAAAAUUAACGAAAUCCGGACUGGACUCGAAGUCACAAACAUCCAGUCACAAAGGCUUUAUAUCUGAAAAAUCUGGUCGGUCCAUUUCAACUAGAGAAUCAGUUUAUAACGCGCACGUCGGAGCAGAAGCUGCUGCUGAUAUUACUGCAGGCACUGAACCUACAGACCAUCCGGAUCUCAUAUAUACAGCGCACGAGACGUCAGAAAGCUACACUUACCCAGUUUCGCCGCAUUUCAAAUACUUGGAAGGACCUUGUGAGCAAGAUGAAAUUAUGGAAUUUCCUUAUUCUCCAAACACUGAUAACAGAAGACAGGCAGACAUCACAGGUAUUAGUUGUGGGUGCAAAUCGCCGAAGAGAAAUGCAUCAGCCAGAACCGCUUCCGUAAGGGAAAUCGAAACUCGAGUCGCAGACGAUCCAGGACACACGUCAACAGAAAGAUUGGAUCGUUAUGAGCAAACUAUCGGUGAAGUGACACCUAACUUUACUUUCACCUCAAUAUCAACAGCAAAUAGUACACUUGGAGAACGGAUUCGUUCAAAUAACGCAAAGUUAUUUUCUUUGAGUCAUAUAAGUUUGGACGGGCGCAAAGACGGGAAAAAGAUAAUUGAGUUUGACGGCAUUGCUGUGUUAUCCAAUAAAGGACAGACCUCCACUCCUCUUAGCAACACAAAUACCUAUAGAAUUGGUAAAGAUCGCGAGUUCGACCAAAGCGUAAUAGAACCGUCAAAUGAAUUGACUGUCGAAGAAUUUGUGUGGCCCACAAGUGAACGUUCCGAGCAGAGGUUAUCAUCAGAGCCCCAUUCUCGAAACCGAAGUAAAGUAUCAGCCGACUGCCGUAAGAUUGGCGAGGAGCGUGAUACGCCGAGAAACAAAGCAAACAAACCUGGAUGUUCCACAAGCCGUUCAAAUAGAAAUACGGACGAGACUGCUAAUGACGGCGGCGAUGAACGAUCAGAAAAUAAAGAGAAACUGCAAACAAACUUCGACGUGUCUAAAGUUCUCUGGGCUGUGACAAAAAUUAAUAUCUAUGAAGAUGAAAUAAGAACGUAUGAAGUCAUGGAACCAUCUGAAGAACCUCCAUCGCGGAUACCAGAAACGUCAGACUGCCUAUUUAUACUAACACCCAAGAGAAAGUAAGACGGACUGCAAUUCACUAUCGCCCGUAAUCUUUGUCCGGAUUCAGCGAACACGACGCACAUAUCAGCCACGUGUUCACUUAUUUAAUAUCCCUUCACGUCAAAAUUAAGAUCGCUACAGUCACAUCAAAAACAAUUAAUUUGAAUUCUACGUUUCUCACUUUCUGUGAUUAUAUAACUUUAUUAUAAUUGGCUCCGUAAUUAAUAUAUUUUCUAAUUAUUUAUAAAAUAUAUGGUAAAAUUGAAAUGUCGCUUACAGACAAAAAUUGGCUUGUAUCAAUGUUCUUGAGUAAAAUUA